GCGCAGGUUGGUAUGUGUGCGUGUCGGUGUCAAGUGUCAAAUGGUUGACGUUCAAUUUGAAACUGUACAAACCUUGGGCAACGAAACGUCACACAAAAGCAACACAAAAUUGUUAUCAAAUUACGUUAAAUCGGCGACGCCGAGGACGACCAUGGCCGAUGAUCAUUCGGACAGUUCGCUAACGUCGAUCGACGAUGAGCGGACAGACAAUACGGAAAACCUGUGCGAAAACCCCACCCGAGACAUCCUGACGGAGGGAUUCUUCCGCCUGUUCAAACCAGUGAUCGAUGACCUGGAGAACAAUAUUCGUGGGGCAAGCAAAACGCAGAGCGAGCUGCGCCAGCAGCUAGAGGAGCUGUCCGGUGAAAUGAAGAAUCUCAACUUCGAGAACGACCCGGUGCUGCACGAAUACUUUAAGCGUACGGUGCGCGUGAAGCAGAAGGUUGUUGUGAUAAUGAACAUCCUGCAAGGGGCGCAGGAAAGGCUCGUCACGCUGUGCCAGCAGCAGGAACUGCAAGCCCCUGCGGUGCCUAGCACAUAAAAGCAAAGUUGACUCUACCAAAGCUAUAGGUUAAUUUAAAUCAUUCCCGUCGUAAUAAUAUAUGCAUAUGCGCUUAACAGCAUUAAACCAACA